AUGAUACCAACUUCUCGCGGUCUUCUCUCUAUAUCGGAGUAUCUUGCAUUCUUUACUUCUUGUUUCCUUGUCGUUUACGCCCCUUACGCUUCAGCAGGCAACACAGGAAGCUCACUUUCUGCGAUAGACAAUCUUGCUCUAAUCGACGUUGGAAGCUCAUCACCUGCUGCGGCCAAUGCUGAUGAUGCAAGCUUAUCCUCUCAAACUGACAACCUCAUUCCAGCCAAUGCCGACCCAACCAAUAACAUAACGUGUGUCGGAGACAAAUAUGACUUGGACUUACCCAUCAGCGCGGGCUUCAACCCCAACACCGUCAGCAUGCAGCAGCUUUGCGCCAAGACGCAGUUCGGCGGUGGUCCACCCGGCCAACAUGUCGGUGGCUGGUGCCAAUGGGGCCGCUAUUCCAACCAAGUGGUUUUCGACCUAAGCGCGGCCGCACAAAUCAAUCCAGUUCUGGCGAACCCCCGCAUCAUGUUAGGAUGCUCCUACCGCUGCUUUUGCAACUACAACUUGGGACCUAACGCAGCCCAGCCGAGAGCAGUCCCGAAUACAAACGUCUGGGAGUCUGAUCAGACGUACGAGCUGCAGGUCGAGAUAGUUGAUGAUUUUGACGUGGGUUGGACCACGAAUUUGGGAUCGGCUGAGCCUGGCAGCACGGUCGAUGCACCGCAGAUUUCGCACAAGGGAACAGCUGGUACGAGCGAUGUCCAAGUCUACGAAGUACAGACUCUGAGCCAGCUGGCUUAUACCGAGGACAAAUUCAACACUCACCCUCGCUUCACUUAUUCAAGCAUGAAUGCCGAAAAUGAGAUUGAAUGCCAUGGUACCCUGCCCAGAUUUCCGUUCCCCUCGCCUUACCGGGUUUCCGACUUCAGCACCUUGCAGGAGCUGUGCGCAGUGCAGUUCUCCGGCGGCAACAGUGGCGCAAAUGCCGGAGGAUACUGCCACCGCUCCGAUCUGCCCGGCGGCGGUGUUUCCAAAACGGUCUUCUUCUCCGACGAACUCACCCCGCGGCACGACUGGACGUUCAACGGCCCCAACUUCUUCUUCGCCGCCGCCAUCCGCACCUAUUGCUGGCCAUUGUGUGCCUGUAACGGGGUCCCGCAGAAAAAGGGCCCCGCGGCGGACGUUUUCAAUUCCGUACUCUGGAACAUAGUCGCCGGCCAAUCCUUCGCCCAACACGGCGACGGCUCCGUGACGCUCGGCGCCACAGAUUCCCAGCAGGGCGAGAUGCAGAUCCUCCCUCCUCAACCGCCGUCGAACCGCCUCUCGCCGACCCCCCCGGCAGGUACCUGUGGUCCCGACGGCAAGCAAUUCUGUCCCGCGACCUGGCCUACGGAUCUCCUGGGCCCGAUCCCGCGCGCUCCGCCCAACGCAACAUUGAUCGUCGCGGAUGCGAAUCCACCAGCAUCUUCGCACAACUUUACAACAUGCGGCCAGUACUGCAGCGCCCCCUCCGACUGCGGGCCGGGUGACGCCGAGGACGAUUGCUUCUGCGCCAUUCCCUCGGCGCAGGAUGCAAAGACGCUGGGUUUGGACCCCGUUGCGCCCGUUUCGGUCUGCCUGGUGCUGGCGCUGGCGAUUACGGGGAUCAGUGGUAGAGAUGAUUCCUCAUCGCGGUAUCUGGAUGGACGAGGCGAGCCUUAUCAGUGUCCUUGUAAUGUUACGUAUAUCUCGAACGAGUGCUGUGGGAAGAGAGAUGGGAUGGUGUGGGUUGAGUGA